AUGAUGCCUUUGCUUGAAUCGGGUGCAGUUCCUUCUGCUCAAAAUGAAUCCAUGACCUUUACAAACACUCCAUCCACUAUUUAUCAAGCUCAUUCUUCAUCAAAUAGAUAUUCAGCAUCUCCAUUUUCAUCGGGAUCAUCAGGAGUACCCCUUCAAGCUCUGUUGGAUGAGAAAGAGCAAGAAGAAUUAAUUUCAAAAUUUCAUUCUCAAGCUUGUACUCAAUACAAAUUGUAUUCGUAUACAAUUGGAACAGCAUGUGCCAUAUUUUGUGUUUUAUUUCUCUAUUUUGCGUAUGUUGCCGAAGAUUUCGGUGAAUCAAUCGGAAUGCAACGUGUGAGGCUCAUUCAUACAUUAUGUAGUGUUGGAUUGUUAUGCUUGAGUGUGAGAUGUUUUUAUAGAUAUACUCUUUGGAAGAGAUCAAAGAAUUUGAGCAGCGAUAAUAACAAUUCAAAUCUAAGAAGAAAGAGGGAAGAAUCAAUUUUACUUGACGUUUCAUACAGCAAUGAGGAUGACGAAAUUUCUUCAUCAUUGAAUAUUGUUGCUCCUUCGGAAUCGUGGACUCUUCUUCAAGCUCAUGAGUUUAUUGCCUUCAAACAACGAAUAUUGUUUAUUUGCUUAUUUGUUGCUGUAUUAUUUGCUGCUAUUGAGCUUUUGUUGUGGGCUCCUCAUCUUCAAGAACAAUUCACAUCACUCUAUUCUGGAGUGGAUGUUAGAGGCGAUGGCUUCCACAGCUUCAAGUUAGCAAUUUUAAUAUUUCCAUUUGUGUUGCCUUUGAUGUUGGUUGCCUCAGAGUAUGGACACUACUUGUUAAAUCAGAAUUUUAUUGAAAUUAUUGAUUUGAGUGAGCACCGAUACAAGUUCAAGAGUUUGUAA